GGCAUAAGUAGAGAAUUGUUGCGUUGCACGAUUCUCCUCUUACGUUCGAAGACCAUUGCUUGUUCUUUGGACGACCAUCGGCGACAGUGAAAGUCUAGGUCUUCCUCGGCGUCGUUUUUUCUUUCCCGGCUUGGAAAAUGGGGCUGUCCUUCGGCAAAUUGUUCAGCAGGCUCUUUGCAAAGAAAGAGAUGCGUAUCCUCAUGGUUGGUCUUGAUGCUGCUGGUAAGACAACCAUCCUGUACAAGCUCAAGCUUGGAGAGAUCGUCACCACGAUUCCAACCAUUGGUUUCAAUGUGGAGACUGUGGAAUACAAGAACAUCAGCUUCACCGUGUGGGAUGUCGGGGGUCAGGACAAGAUUCGUCCAUUGUGGAGACACUACUUCCAGAACACACAAGGGCUAAUCUUUGUGGUGGACAGCAAUGACCGUGACCGUGUUGUGGAAGCUAGGGACGAGCUCCAUAGAAUGCUAAACGAAGAUGAGUUGAGAGAUGCUGUGCUUCUCGUCUUUGCUAACAAGCAAGAUCUUCCAAACGCAAUGAACGCCGCUGAGAUAACUGACAAGCUUGGACUUCACUCUCUCCGUCAACGACACUGGUACAUACAGAGCACAUGUGCUACAUCCGGAGAAGGGCUUUAUGAGGGACUUGACUGGCUCUCCAACAACAUCGCAAACAAGGCUUAGAAGAGCAACGUGUGGUCUUGUUUUAUCGAGGAGAAGUGUCUCGUCUUCUUCGUCUCUCUUUCCGUCUUUCGCCUCAAACUUUAUCAUUUCAUACUUUGUCUUCUUUGCUCUAAUAAUUCAUCAGUUUUUUUUUCUUUUUCUUUUAUCCUAAAACUCAGACGCUUAUAAUAUGGGGCCAACUUUUUGGCGGAGAUUCCAAUUUCGUUAGGUUUCUACAUUUAUCAAACACAAUUUAUGAA